AUGGGGCGAAGCAGACAGGACCCCUUGCGACAAUGGAGGAGAUGUAUCCCCCUCUUUCUGGCUUUGAGUUUGAUUUUAGGCGAGGCAUCGGGGCAGAUAAGAUAUUCUAUAUCGGAGGAAAUCAAAGAAGGGACUUCUGUCGGAAAUAUAGCAAAAGAUCUGGGAUUGGAUCCGACCAUAUUAAAAGCGAGGGGGUUUCGAAUUGUUUCUGGCUCAGCGGACUCUCUUUUCGAGGUAAACCAUCAGGAUGGGGUUUUGUAUGUAAACCGUAAUAUUGACCGAGAGGAAAUAUGCCAGCGGACCAGUGUCUGUUUGAUAAACCUUAAAACAGUGCUUGAGAACCCACUGGAGAUCCAUUAUGUUGCAGUGGAAGUGUUGGACGUGAAUGAUAAUGCACCGUCUUUUCCGGAGAACCACAAAAGGCUGGAGAUUUCAGAGUCCACCCUACCGGGAACCAAAUUUCAGCUAAAGGCUGCCCUUGAUCUCGAUGGUGGCGUGAAUUCCGUUCAGCAGUAUAAACUCAGUGCAAAUCAGAAUUUUCGGCUGGAAGUGAAAGAUCGCGGAAAGGAUGGGAAAGUCCCAACUUUGCAUUUACAGAGCCCUUUAGACAGAGAGGCCUAUAGCAGCCAUAAAUUGAUCCUUACAGCCCUGGAUGGAGGUAAACCUCCUAAAACAGGAACCAUGCAGAUUCUGAUAGAUGUUUUGGAUGUGAAUGAUAACGCUCCUGUUUUUUCAAAAGAAGUCUACUCUGCAGAGAUUAAUGAGAAUUCACCAAUUGGAACAAUAAUCCUCAGAGUAAACGCAACAGAUAGAGACGAUGGUCUAAAUGGAGAUGUUAGUUAUUCUUUUGGUGAUGUCACCAGCAAGGUGCGCGAGCUGUUUGACGUCGACCCGAGCACAGGUGAGAUAACAGUGAAAGGACAAUUAGACUACGAAGUGGAUGACAGUUAUGAGAUAGAUAUCCAGGCAUCUGACAGCGGUGCUGUUCCACUUAGAACUGAGAAAGGCGUUACUGUAAAUAUUAGAGAUGUAAAUGACAAUGCACCUGUGAUUGAGGUAACGUCCCUGUCGAAUACAAUUUCAGAGGACUCUAGAGCAGGUACUACGGUAGCACUUAUCAGCAUCACUGAUUUGGACUCUGGAGUCAACGGGAAAGUUAUCAGCUUUGUGAAAGACGAUGCUCCUUUCACGCUGACGCCCUCAAUACAGGACAACAUGUACGCUGUAGUAACAAAGUCAGAACUUGACAGGGAAAACCAAUCGAUGUAUGAUGUUACAGUGGUCGCAAAAGACGCAGGUGAACCAGCCCUAACUUCUGAAAAGACGUUCAGAGUAGUUGUAUCUGAUGUAAACGAUAACAGCCCACAGUUUUCAUUGAGCCAAUAUAAUUUUUAUGUAACAGAGAACAAUCCUGCAGGAGCGUCGGUAUUUUCUUUGACAGCGUCAGAUCGCGACGAGGGGGAUAAUGCUCUUAUAGUGUAUCAUAUUUUAAGAGAUGCAGGUAAUGAAAAUAAAGUGACUUCAUUCCUGAACAUAAACCCUGAAACUGGAGAUAUUUUGGCUCUAAAAAGCUUCGACUUUGAAAAAGUGAAAAAGUUUCAGUUCCAAGUUGUGGCCUCUGAUUCUGGAACUCCGUCCCUGAGCAGCAACGUCACAGUGAACGUGUUUAUUCUGGAUCAGAACGACAACCCUCCAGUCAUCCUGUAUCCAGUCAGCUCCAACGGCUCUGCUGAAGGUGUGGAGGAGAUUCCCCGCAAUGUGAACGCAGGACACUUGGUGACUAAAGUCAGAGCCUAUGACGCUGAUAUAGGAUAUAACGGCUGGUUGCUCUUCUCACUGCAGGAAGUCACUGAGCACAAUCUCUUUGCUUUGGACCGCUACACAGGACAGAUCAGAACACUUCGCUCAUUCACAGAGACAGACGAGGCUGAGCAGAAACUCAUCAUACUGGUCAAAGACAAUGGCAACGUGUCCCUCUCUGCUACAGCUACUGUCAUUGUCAAAGUUGUGGAGCCCAAAGAGGCUUUUGCUGCUUCUGAUGUGAAAAGUGCAACAAAGGAUGAUGAGGAGAGUAAUGUCACUUUUUAUCUCAUGAUCACUUUGGCCUCAGUCUCAGCUCUUUUCAUCAUCAGCAUCAUCGUGCUGAUUGCAAUGCAGUGCUCCAAAUCCACAGACUAUACUUCCAAAUAUCUCCAAGAGACUAAUUAUGAUGGCACACUGUGUCACAGCAUCCAGUACAGAUCUGGAGACAAACGCUACAUGUUAGUGGGACCCAGAAUGAGCAUAGGAUCAACUAUAGUCCCGGGCAGCCAUGCCAACACACUAGUGCUCCCUGACAGGAGGAGGGCAUCUACAGAGAUAACGAUGGAGGGACGAAGGCAUCCUCAGACAAAGGACUACGUUUGGUUCGCUAUUUAUUUUUCCUCACUGCUGAUCUUUGGAAAGCAGACUCUCGCUGAACUGAGGUACUCUAUUCCAGAGGAGAUGAAAGAAGGAACCCUUGUUGGAAACGUAGCGAAGGAUCUCGGUUUGGACAAAUCAUCUUUGAUUGAGCGACGGUUCCGUGUUGUGUCGGGAUCCAAUGACCCUCUCUUCAAGGUAAAUCCGGACAAUGGAGCCUUACAGAUCAGUCGGAAAAUUGACAGAGAGGAGCUGUGUGAGGGAAGUGGUGCAUGCGCAAUGGAGCUGAAAAUCGUUGUCGAAAACCCUUUGGAAAUUCACUAUGUCGCUGUUGAAAUUACUGAUAUAAAUGAUCACGCCCCCAGAUUCACUGAGAAGGAACAACAAUUUAACAUAGCAGAGCAUACAUCUCCAGGAACGAGGUUUCAGCUACACGCGGCGCGUGAUCCUGAUGCAGGAGUGAACUCAAUUCGCACAUACACAUUGACGUCAAAUGAUCUUUUUGAAAUAGAAUUUAGUCAGAAUGAUGAGGAUAAAAUGCCGUUUUUAGUGCUGAAGAAACCAUUGGACAGAGAACAAAAGGACAAACACGUUCUAAUUGUGACAGCGGUUGAUGGAGGUAAACCUCAAAGAUCAGGGACUCUGAACGUUUCUAUUAUUGUUCUCGACAGUAAUGAUAACCGUCCAGUGUUUAGUGAGGAUACUUAUCAAAUAGAAAUAUAUGAAAACACACCCGUUGGUACUACUGUUUUUAGUGUGAGUGCAAACGAUGCCGAUGAAGGAAGAAAUGGAGAAGUAGAGUACAGCCUCAGUAAAGCACUAGCCCGAAAAGUUUACGACAUCUUCGAAUUGGAUAGUUCAAGUGGACAAAUUAAGUUGAAAGGUGUAUUAGAUUAUGAAGAAUCAGAUAUUUAUAAACUAGAUAUCCAGGCGUCCGACAAAGGAACUCCCCCAUUGAUGGGAAGAUGUCGAGUCAUUCUAAAAUUAAAAGAUGUCAACGAUAAUCCACCAGAAAUAGAAAUCACAUCCCUGUCAAAUACGGUACCUGAAGAUUCGAAGCCUGGAACUAUUAUUUCUCUUAUAAGCGUAAUGGAUAAAGACUCUGGUGUUAAUGGAAAAAUUAUCACAGGCAUAAACACCGACGUACCUUUUGAACUAAAACCCUCCUAUAAAGAGAACACAUAUUCCAUUGUCACAAAGGGACUCCUGGAUCGGGAGCAAGUGUCUUAUUAUGAAAUAACAAUAAAAGCCACAGACUGUGGUGAUCCUCCUUUAUCUACUUUUAAAACUCUCAGCAUUCAGAUAUCAGAUGUGAAUGACAACAGACCACAUUUUGAACAAAAUCCUUUACAGUUUUAUCUGGUAGAAAAUAAUGUUGCUGGAGCAUCAAUAUUCUCUGUGAGAGCAACAGACAACGAUGUAAGCGAAAAUGCAGCUAUUUCAUAUCAUAUCGUGAGAGAGGGGAGUCAAAAUGACGUCACAUCCUUCCUCAAUGUAAACACUGAAAACGGACACAUCACCGCGCUAAAAAGUUUCGACUUUGAAACAGUGAAAAAGUUCCAGUUCCAAGUUGUGGCCACAGAUUCUGGAAAUCCGUCCCUGAGCAGCAACGUCACAGUGAACGUGUUCAUUCUGGAUCAGAACGACAACGCUCCAGUCAUCCUGUAUCCAGUCAGCUCCAACGGCUCUGCUGAAGGUGUGGAGGAGAUUCCCCGCAAUGUGAACGCAGGACACUUGGUGACUAAAGUCAGAGCCUAUGACGCUGAUAUAGGAUAUAACGGCUGGUUGCUCUUCUCACUGCAGGAAGUCACUGAGCACAAUCUCUUUGCUUUGGACCGCUACACAGGACAGAUCAGAACACUUCGCUCAUUCACAGAGACAGACGAGGCUGAGCAGAAACUCAUCAUACUGGUCAAAGACAAUGGCAACGUGUCCCUCUCUGCUACAGCUACUGUCAUUGUCAAAGUUGUGGAGCCCAAAGAGGCUUUUGCUGCUUCUGAUGUGAAAAGUGCAACAAAGGAUGAUGAGGAGAGUAAUGUCACUUUUUAUCUCAUGAUCACUUUGGCCUCAGUCUCAGCUCUUUUCAUCAUCAGCAUCAUCGUGCUGAUUGCAAUGCAGUGCUCCAAAUCCACAGACUAUACUUCCAAAUAUCUACAAGAGACUAACUAUGACGGCACACUGUGUCACAGCAUCCAGUACAGAUCUGGAGACAAACGCUACAUGUUAGUGGGACCCAGAAUGAGUAUAGGAUCCACUAUAGUCCCGGGCAGCCAUGCCAACACACUAGUGCUCCCUGACAGAAGGAGGGCAUCUACUGAGGUAAGAGCUUUAAAACAAUGUGAAAUACAUUCAGUAAAGGGUCGUGGUUUUUGUUGGAUAACGAUGAAGCUGGAUAGCAAAUCUCGGGGAAGGGGCUGCUCCUGGUUUGCUCUACGCCUGGUUCUUCUGUUGUUUGUCGGCAAACGGGUUUUGGGAGAAAUACGUUACUCUGUUCCCGAGGAGGUCAAGGAAGGAACUGUUGUUGGAAAUAUUGCGAAGGAUCUUGGACUGGACAUCGGCUCUUUGUUUGAUCGACGGUUCCGUGUUGUUUCUGAAUCUAAGGAUGCAUUAUUUGAGGUAAACCGGGACAAUGGGGCUAUGUAUGUCCAUAAGAAAAUCGACCGAGAGGAGCUCUGUCAGGACGGGAGUGGGGCCUGCAUAAUGGAGCUAAAAAUUAUUGUUGAAAACCCUUUGGAAAUACACUACGUAGUCAUAGAAAUUACUGAUGUGAACGACCACUCUCCUAGUUUUCCUGAAAAGGCACAGAUAUUUGAAAUAGGCGAACAAACAUUACCAGGAAAGCGGUUUCAGCUGCACGCUGCUCGUGAUCCCGAUGCUGGAGUUAAUUCUAUUCGUACAUACACAUUGACUACAAAUGAACAUUUUGAAUUAGACAUCCGCCAGAGCGAUGAGGAUAAGAUACCAUUUUUAGUGCUGAAGAAAUCUUUAGACAGAGAGCAAAAGGACAAACACGCGCUGUUGCUCACAGCAGUAGAUGGAGGUAAACCUCAAAGAUCAGGAACAUUAAAUGUAACUAUUAUUGUUCUUGACAGUAAUGAUAACCGUCCAGUGUUUAAUCAGGAGAUUUAUCAAAUUGAAAUACAGGAAAAUGUUGCAGUUGGCACUUCUAUAUUUAGAGUGAAUGCAACAGAUCCAGAUGAAGGCUCCAAUGGGCUAGUUGAGUACAGCCUCGGAAAAACCCUCAAGAAAAAAGUCUAUGACAUUUUUGAACUGAACAAAUUAACAGGGGAGAUUAAAAUUAAAGGUUUGGUGGAUUUUGAAGAGAACGACGUCUAUAAACUCGAUGUUGAGGCAUCUGAUAAGGGUACACCUCCACUUGCAGGUGAAUGUAGAGUCAUUAUAAAAAUAAAAGACAUCAACGAUAACCCACCAGAAAUAGAAGUCACAUCACUGUCAAAUACAGUGCCUGAAGACUCAAAACCUGGGUCCAUAGUUUCUCUAAUCAGAGUAAAAGAUAAAGACUCUGGUGUGAAUGGAAAAAUAAUAACAAGCAUAAAUAAUGACGUACCUUUUGAAUUAAAACCCUCCUAUAAAGAGAACACAUAUUCCAUUGUCACAAAGGGACUCCUGGAUCGGGAGCAGGUGUCUCAUUAUGAAAUAACAAUAAAAGCCACAGACUGUGGUGAUCCUCCUUUAUCUACUUAUAAAACUCUCAGCAUUCAGAUAUCAGAUGUGAAUGACAACAGACCACAUUUUCAACAAAACCCUUUACAGUUUUAUCUGGUAGAAAAUAAUGUUGCUGGAGCAUCAAUAUUCUCUGUGAGCGCAACUGACAACGAUGUAAGCGAAAAUGCAGCUAUUUCAUAUCAUAUCGUGAGAGAGGGGAGUCAAAAUGACGUCACAUCUUUCCUCAAUGUAAACAGUGAAAACGGACACAUCACCGCGCUAAAAAGCUUCGACUUUGAAACAGUGAAAACCUUCCAGUUCCAAGUUGUGGCCUCAGAUUCUGGAACUCCGUCCCUGAGCAGCAACGUCACAGUGAACGUGUUCAUUCUGGAUCAGAACGACAACCCUCCAGUCAUCCUGUAUCCAGUCAGAUCCAACGGCUCUGCUGAAGGUGUGGAGGAGAUUCCCCGCAAUGUGAACGCAGGACACUUGGUGACUAAAGUCAGAGCCUAUGACGCUGAUAUAGGAUAUAACGGCUGGUUGCUCUUCUCACUGCAGGAAGUCACUGAGCACAAUCUCUUUGCUUUGGACCGCUACACAGGACAGAUCAGAACACUUCGCUCAUUCACAGAGACAGACGAGGCUGAGCAGAAACUCAUCAUACUGGUCAAAGACAAUGGCAACGUGUCCCUCUCUGCUACAGCUACUGUCAUUGUCAAAGUUGUGGAGCCCAAAGAGGCUUUUGCUGCUUCUGAUGUGAAAAGUGCAACAAAGGAUGAUGAGGAGAGUAAUGUCACUUUUUAUCUCAUGAUCACUUUGGCCUCAGUCUCAGCUCUUUUCAUCAUCAGCAUCAUCGUGCUGAUUGCAAUGCAGUGCUCCAAAUCCACAGACUAUACUUCCAAAUAUCUACAAGAGACUAACUAUGACGGCACACUGUGUCACAGCAUCCAGUACAGAUCUGGAGACAAACGCUACAUGUUAGUGGGACCCAGAAUGAGUAUAGGGUCCACUAUAGUCCCGGGCAGCCAUGCCAACACACUAGUGCUCCCUGACAGAAGGAGGGCAUCUACUGAGUAUUACAUAGGGAAAUACCAUGAAUCGUUGUCCCUCCCCUCGCAGAGCUUUUGUUUGCCCCGACAUUCAGUAAAGGGUCGUGGUUUUUGUUGGAUAACGAUGAAGCUGGAUAGCAAAUCUCGGGGAAAGGGCUGCUCCUGGUUUGCUCUACGCCUGGUUCUUCUGUUGUUUGUCGGCAAACGGGUUUUGGGAGAAAUACGUUACUCUGUUCCCGAGGAGGUGAAGGAAGGAACUGUUGUUGGAAAUGUCGCAAAGGAUCUUGGACUGGACAUCAGCUCUUUGUUUGAUCGACGGCUCCGUGUUGUUUCUGAAUCUAAGGAUGCAUCAUUUGAGGUAAACCGGGACAAUGGGGCUCUGUAUGUCCAUAAGAAAAUCGACAGAGAGGAGCUCUGUCAGGACGGGAGUGGGGCCUGCAUAAUGGAGCUAAAAGUAAUUGUUGAAAACCCUUUGGAAAUACACUACGUAGUCAUAGAAAUUACUGACGUUAACGAUCAUGCACCUAGUUUUCCUGAAAGAGAACAGUUAAUUGAAAUAUUUGAACAUACAUUACCAGGACGGCGAUUUCAGCUGCACGCUGCUCGUGACCCCGAUGCUGGAGUCAAUUCUAUUCGCACAUACACACUGACUACAAAUGAACAUUUUGAAUUAGACAUCCGUCAAAGCGAUGAGGAUAAAAUACCAUUUUUAGUGCUGAAGAAAUCUUUAGACAGAGAACAAAAGGUCAAACACACGCUGCUGCUCACAGCAGUAGAUGGAGGUAAACCUCAAAGAUCAGGAACAUUAAAUGUAACUGUUAUUGUUCUUGAUACGAAUGAUAACCGUCCAAUGUUUAGUCAGGAGAUUUACCAAAUUGAAAUACAAGAAAAUGUUGCAGUUGGCACAUCAGUAUUUCGACUGAAUGCAACAGAUCCAGAUGAAGGCUUCAAUGGGCUAGUUGAGUACAGCCUUGUAAAAACCCUAAAGAAAAAAGUCUAUGACAUUUUUGAACUGAACAAAUUAACAGGGGAGAUUAAAGUUAAAGGUUUGGUGGAUUUUGAAGAAAACGACAUUUACAAACUUGAUGUUGAGGCAUCUGAUAAAGGAGCACCCCCGUUGAGUGGAGAGUGUAGAGUCAUUAUAAAAGUAAAGGACAUCAACGAUAAUCCACCAGAAAUAGAAGUCACAUCACUGUCAAAUACAGUACCCGAAGAUUCGAAACCUGGGUCAAUUGUUUCUCUAAUCAGAGUAAAAGACAAGGACUCUGGUGUGAAUGGAAAAAUAAUAACAAGCAUAAAUAAUGACGUACCUUUUGAAUUAAAACCCUCCUAUAAAGAGAACACAUAUUCCAUUGUCACAAAGGGACUCCUGGAUCGGGAGCAGGUGUCUCAUUAUGAAAUAACAAUAAAAGCCACAGACUGUGGUGAUCCUCCUUUAUCUACUUAUAAAACUCUCAGCAUUCAGAUAUCAGAUGUGAAUGACAACAGACCACAUUUUCAACAAAACGCUUUACAGUUUUAUCUGGUAGAAAAUAAUGUUGCUGGAGCAUCAAUAUUCUCUGUGAGCGCAACUGAUAACGAUGUAAGCGAAAAUGCAGCUAUUUCAUAUCAUAUCGUGAGAGAGGGGAGUCAAAAUGACGCCACAUCCUUCCUCAAUGUAAACACUGAAAACGGACACAUCACCGCGCUAAAAAGCUUCGACUUUGAAACUGUGAAAAAGUUCCAGUUCCAAGUUGUGGCCUCAGAUUCUGGAACUCCGUCCCUGAGCAGCAACGUCACAGUGAACGUGUUCAUUCUGGAUCAGAACGACAACGCUCCAGUCAUCCUGUAUCCAGUCAGCUCCAACGGCUCUGCUGAAGGUGUGGAGGAGAUUCCCCGCAAUGUGAACGUAGGACACUUGGUGACUAAAGUCAGAGCCUAUGACGCUGAUAUAGGAUACAACGGCUGGUUGCUCUUCUCACUGCAGGAAGUCACUGAGCACAAUCUCUUUGCUUUGGACCGCUACACAGGACAGAUCAGAACACUUCGCUCAUUCACAGAGAAAGACGAGGCUGAGCAGAAACUCAUCAUACUGGUCAAAGACAAUGGCAACGUGUCGCUCUCUGCUACAGCUACUGUCAUUGUCAAAGUUGUGGAGCCCAAAGAGGCUUUUGCUGCUUCUGAUGUGAAAAGUGCAACAAAGGAUGAUGAGGAGAGUAAUGUCACUUUUUAUCUCAUGAUCACUUUGGCCUCAGUCUCAGCUCUUUUCAUCAUCAGCAUCAUCGUGCUGAUUGCAAUGCAGUGCUCCAAAUCCACAGACUAUACUUCCAAAUAUCUACAAGAGACUAACUAUGACGGCACACUGUGUCACAGCAUCCAGUACAGAUCUGGAGACAAACGCUACAUGUUAGUGGGACCCAGAAUGAGUAUAGGAUCCACUAUAGUCCCGGGCAGCCAUGCCAACACACUAGUGCUCCCUGACAGGAGGAGGGCAUCUACAGAGCAGUAUAAGUUGAGCCACAACGAACACUUUCGACUGGAGGUGAAAGAUCGUGGCGAGGACCGUAAAACCCCAAGUUUAGUUCUUCAAAAGCCACUUGAUAGAGAAUCUGCCAAGACCCAUGUGUUACUUCUGACGGCCAUUGAUGGAGGUAAACCUCCGAGGUCCGGCAACAUGACCAUAAUUGUUGAUGUUUUGGAUGUCAAUGAUAACCCCCCACUGUUCACCCAGGAAUCCUAUACCGUGCAGCUGAAAGAAAACUCUCCUCUUGGCACAACUGUUAUUCAAGUUAAUGCCACUGAUUUGGAUGAAGGCCUUAAUGGUGAGGUUGUAUAUUCUUUUGGCAAUGACGUAGAUACACGUGCACGCUCACGUUUUGAUUUGAAUCCAGUCACUGGGGUAUUAACUGUGGCAGGAGAAAUAGAUUUUGAGGAAUGUAGCAGAUACGAAAUAGACAUCCAGGCAUCCGACAAAGCUGUAGCUGCACUAUCUACGGACAAAAGCGUCAUCAUACAUAUUAUUGAUGUGAACGACAAUGCACCUGAGAUUGAAGUGACAUCCUUUUCACGUGCACUACCAGAAGAUUCAAAACCAGGGACCACUGUGGCUUUGAUUAGUGUCAAAGAUUCAGAUUCCGGUCUGAAUGGGAAAGUUAUGUGUUAUCUGAGCAGAGAUCUUCCCUUUACGCUCACGCCUUCUUUACAGAGCAACAUGUAUUCACUAGUCACAAAGGUUCUUUUGGAUCGAGAACAGCAGGCCCAAUAUUAUGUUACAAUUACAGGAAAGGACGCAGGUGAGCCGUCUUUAUCCUCAAAUAAAACUAUAAAAAUCGAUGUUACAGAUGUGAAUGAUAACAGCCCAGUGUUUUCACAGAACCCAUAUACUUUUUACAUAACAGAGAAUAACAACCCCGGAGCGUCUAUUUUAUCAGUAACAGCGCUCGAUAAUGACGAGGGAAGUAAUGCUCUAAUCUCAUAUCAUAUAAAAAGGUUAAAGGACGUUGAGAAGUCGCUCGCAUCAUUUUUGAACAUAAACCCAGAAACUGGAGAUAUUUUGGCGCUAAAAAGUUUCGACUUUGAAACAGUAAAAAAGUUCCAGUUCCAAAUUGUGGCCUCAGAUUCUGGAACCCCGUCUCUGAGCAGCAACGUCACAGUGAACGUGUUCAUUCUGGAUCAGAACGACAACGCUCCAGUCAUCCUGUAUCCAGUUAGCUCUAACGGCUCUGCUGAAGGUGUGGAGGAGAUUCCCCGCAAUGUGAACGCAGGACACUUGGUGACUAAAGUCAGAGCCUAUGACGCUGAUAUAGGAUAUAACGGCUGGUUGCUCUUCUCACUGCAGGAAGUCACUGAGCACAAUCUCUUUGCUUUGGACCGCUACACAGGACAGAUCAGAACACUUCGCUCAUUCACAGAGACAGACGAGGCUGAGCAGAAACUCAUCAUACUGGUCAAAGACAAUGGCAACGUGUCCCUCUCUGCUACAGCUACUGUCAUUGUCAAAGUUGUGGAGCCCAAAGAAGCUUUUGCUGCUUCUGAUGUGAAAAGUGCCACAAAGGAUGAUGAGGAGAGUAAUGUCACUUUUUAUCUCAUGAUCACUUUGGCCUCAGUCUCAGCUCUUUUCGUCAUCAGCAUCAUCGUGCUGAUUGCAAUGCAGUGCUCCAAAUCCACAGACUAUACUUCCAAAUAUCUACAAGAGACUAACUAUGAUGGCACACUGUGUCACAGCAUCCAGUACAGAUCUGGAGACAAACGCUACAUGUUAGUGGGACCCAGAAUGAGUAUUGGAUCCACUAUAGUCCCGGGCAGCCAUGCCAACACACUAGUGCUCCCUGACAGGAGGAGGGCAUCUACAGAGGUAAGAAGAAAGAGAAAAUACUGGAGAUUUCUGAGUCGGCCUUACCCGGAGCAAGAUUUCAACUUCAGGCUGCGCGCGACCCUGAUGGAGGCCAGUUCUCCAUUCAGCAAUAUAAGCUCAGCCAUAGCGAAAAUUUCAGACUGGAAGUUAAGGAUAGGGGUGAGGACCUUCCAAGUUGUGGCCUCAGAUUCUGGAACUCCGUCCCUGAGCAGCAACGUCACAGUGAACGUGUUCAUUCUGGAUCAGAACGACAACGCUCCAGUCAUCCUGUAUCCAGUCAGCUCCAACGGCUCUGCAGAAGGUGUGGAGGAGAUUCCCCGCAAUGUGAACGCAGGACACUUGGUGACUAAAGUCAGAGCCUAUGAUGCUGAUAUAGGAUAUAACGGCUGGUUGCUCUUCUCACUGCAGGAAGUCACUGAGCACAAUCUCUUUGCUUUGGACCGCUACACAGGACAGAUCAGAACACUUCGCUCAUUCACAGAGACAGACGAGGCUGAGCAGAAACUCAUCAUACUGGUCAAAGACAAUGGCAACGUGUCCCUCUCUGCUACAGCUACUGUCAUUGUCAAAGUUGUGGAGCCCAAAGAGGCUUUUGCUGCUUCUGAUGUGAAAAGUGCCACAAAGGAUGAUGAGGAGAGUAAUGUCACUUUUUAUCUCAUGAUCACUUUGGCCUCAGUCUCAGCUCUUUUCAUCAUCAGCAUCAUCGUGCUGAUUGCAAUGCAGUGCUCCAAAUCCACAGACUAUACUUCCAAAUAUCUACAAGAGACUAACUAUGACGGCACACUGUGUCACAGCAUCCAGUACAGAUCUGGAGACAAACGCUACAUGUUAGUGGGACCCAGAAUGAGUAUAGGAUCCACUAUAGUCCCGGGCAGCCAAGCCAACACACUAGUGCUCCCUGACAGGAGGAGGGCAUCGACAGAGUUCCAAGUUGUGGCCUCAGAUUCUGGAACUCCGUCCCUGAGCAGCAACGUCACAGUGAACGUGUUCAUUCUGGAUCAGAACGACAACGCUCCAGUCAUCCUGUAUCCAGUCAGCUCCAACGGCUCUGCUGAUGGUGUGGAGGAGAUUCCCCGCAAUGUGAACGCAGGACACUUGGUGACUAAAGUCAGAGCCUAUGACGCUGAUAUAGGAUAUAACGGCUGGUUGCUCUUCUCACUGCAGGAAGUCACUGAGCACAAUCUCUUUUCUUUGGACCGCUACACAGGACAGAUCAGAACACUUCGCUCAUUCACAGAGACAGACGAGGCUGAGCAGAAACUCGUAAUACUGGUCAAAGACAAUGGCAACGUGUCCCUCUCUGCUACAGCUACUGUCAUUGUCAAAGUUGUGGAGCCCAAAGAGGCUUUUGCUGCUUCUGAUGUGAAAAGUGCAACAAAGGAUGAUGAGGAGAGUAAUGUCACUUUUUAUCUCAUGAUCACUUUGGCCUCAGUCUCAGCUCUUUUCAUCAUCAGCAUUAUCGUGCUGAUUGCAAUGCAGUGCUCCAAAUCCACAGACUAUACUUCCAAAUAUCUCCAAGAGACUAAUUAUGACGGCACACUGUGUCACAGCAUCCAGUACAGAUCUGGAGACAAACGCUACAUGUUAGUGGGGCCCAGGAUGAGUAUAGGAUCCACUAUAGUCCCGGGCAGCCAUGCCAACACACUAGUGCUCCCUGACAGGAGGCGGGCAUCCACUGAGUUCUAA